GCAACAGCAGCAGCAUAUUUUGUAGCCGCAUCCGGUUUUAAAAUUCCAGAGAUUGAAAGAGAGCAGCAGAGAAAGAGAGAGAGAGAGAGAGAACUGAAGCUGCGACUGUGGAAUUCAAACACUUGAGAAAUUAACAAACGUAGCCGCAAACUUGGCAAACUUGGCGUUCCCCCCAAGGACGUGCAACAGCAACCGCCGCACGGCCCGCCCCUUGCUUGUGCCCUCAAGCGAAAAUGUCGACAGCGCUUGCCGCCUUGGAGCUGCAAUAUUUUAGAGCCGCCUCGCUUUAUCGUUGUCGCAGCUAUGAAGAAUGCGCAGCACUCUGCAACAUUUUGCUGCAAACUGGCCAUGAGCACAAUGUCCAAAUGUUUGCGGUCAGCGAGAGCGCCGAGAACGACGAACAGCAGGAGCAGCAGCAGUCCAACAGCAGAUACGGUAGCAAUUUGCAGCGCAUUGUGCCUCAGAGGCAGCGACGUGGACAGCAGGCAGCUGCGGGGCAAGGAGCAGCAGCUGCUGCCAUGCCCACCUGGCUGAUGGAGGGAGUGUGGCAAUUAAAAAUGCGUGCGCUCACCCAGCGCGUCUACCUGGAUGAUUUGGAGGUGGAGGAUGCUGCAUCGGCAGUCAAUGAAGAAGUGGAAUUUGAACGAAUUGCCACAGCGGCGCGACCUGGCAGCAGCAUUAAGACCGCCUUUGUGCCACGCCCCAGCACAAGUCAACGGCGACCACCAACAGCAGCAGCAGCAGCAACAGCAACUUCGACCCAUUCAAGCGAUGGACGUCUGAGCAGCGCCAGGCCAAGCUCAGCCAUGGCGCGUCCUGGCAGCGCUUUAAGUCGUCCCGGCUCCUCGUUGGGCGCACGUCCAGCCUCACGCUGCGGCACUGCAUCACGCGUGCGUGCCACAUCCGCUGCAGCGUUUAAUGUAGGCGAUGCCACCAACACAUUAUAUCAAGCCUCACGCUUGAAUCCCACAAUUUACGCCGAGCGCGAGACUAUAGUGAAGGCGCUGUUUCAGUUUCUCUACUACCAUGAGGCGGAUGUGGCCAAGGCGUAUUCACUCUGCCAGGCGGUGGUCGAAGUGCAACGUCAACGCGGCGUGCCUGGCGCACUGGCCACGCCCACGCGCACGGAUUGGUGGUGGCAGCAGCAAACUGGACGUUGUCUGCUGGCGCUGCACUAUCCAAGACGUGCGGAGCCGCUGCUGCAGCAAUCGCUGGCAGCAUUUCCACAUCCGGAUACAUAUUUGCUGCUCUCGCGUUUGUAUCAGCGCCUGCGUCAGCCGGAGCGCGCCUUGACGCUUAUAGGCGAAGCCUUGGAGCGUCAUCCAUUCGAUGUGGUUUAUCGCCUGGAGCAGGCACGCAUACAUGAGAACAUGUUGCAACAGCCGGAGGCACUGCAGCUUUAUCGUCUGGCCGCCAAGCUGCAGCCCAUUAACAUCGAAGCGCUGGCCAGCAUCGCUGUGGGCUACUUCUACGACAACAAUCCGGAGCUGGCUCUGAUGUAUUAUCGCCGCAUACUCUCGCUGGGCGUGCAUACGGCGGAGCUGUAUUGCAACAUUGCCUUGUGCUGUCUCUACGGCGGACAAAUUGAGCUGGUGCUGCCUUGUUUCCAACGCGCCUUGGUGCUGGCCACGCAGCCUGAACAAAAGUCGGACAUUUGGUAUAAUCUUAGCUUUGUGGCUGUCACCUCGGGCGACUUUAAGCUUGCCAAGCGUUGCCUGCAGCUUUGCCUAACGGCAGAUGCAAGCGACGGCGCUGCGCUGAACAAUCUGGCGGUGCUGGCGGCACAGGCUGGUGACAUAAUGGGUGCCAAGUCGUUUCUAAAUGCUGCUAAGGAUGUGCUGCCGGAGACGAGUGAAGUGCAGUCCAAUCUGCAGUAUAUGGAUUUGCAUUAUAAGCUUUAAU